GCUUGUUAGGUGAAAAUGAACAUCAGGUCCCUCGGUGACUUUGAAUGGCUGAAGCAGAGCAGAUUUUAUUUCCGGGAGGAUCAGGAUCACGUCGCAGUGUCGAUCACGGACGUCGACUUCAUCUAUCAGAACGAGUUUUUAGGCUGCACGGACAGGCUGGUCAUCACUCCUCUAACAGACAGGUGUUACAUUACCUUAGCUCAGGCGUUAGGUAUGAGUAUGGGCGGAGCUCCUGCUGGUCCGGCUGGGACGGGCAAAACCGAAACCACCAAAGACAUGGGCCGCUGCCUGGGGAAGUACGUCGUGGUCUUUAACUGCUCCGACCAGAUGGACUUCAGAGGACUGGGCAGGAUUUAUAAAGGUCUGGCUCAGUCUGGGUCCUGGGGAUGCUUCGAUGAGUUUAACAGGAUCGACCUGCCCGUGCUGUCGGUCGCUGCACAGCAGAUCCACAUCGUCCUGAGCGCUCGCAAAGAGCGCAAAGCUCAGUUCCUCUUCACCGACGGAGACUGUGUGGAUCUGAACCCCGAAUUCGGACUCUUUAUUACCAUGAACCCGGGCUACGCCGGUCGCCAGGAACUGCCCGAAAAUCUAAAGGUGCAGUUCAGGACCGUUUCUAUGAUGGUUCCUGACAGACAGAUCAUCAUGAGAGUCAAACUGGCCAGCUGUGGUUUCAUCGAGAACGUUAUACUGGCUCAGAAGUUCUUUGUGCUUUAUAAACUGUGUGAGGAGCAGCUCACGAAGCAGGUUCACUAUGAUUUUGGGUUGAGGAACAUUCUGUCGGUUUUGAGGACUCUGGGAGCUGAGAAACGGGCUCGACCCUCAGACUCCGAGUCCAGCAUCGUGAUGAGGGUUCUGCGUGACAUGAACCUCUCCAAACUGGUGGAUGAAGACGAGCCUCUGUUUCUCAGUCUGAUCAGUGACCUGUUUCCUGGGAUUCAGCUGGAUAACAGCACCUACGCUGAGCUGCAGGCUGCAGUCGCCACACAAGUGCAACAAGCAGGAAUCGUUAAUCACCCGCCGUGGAACCUCAAGCUCGUACAGUUAUACGAGGCGUCGCGGGUGCGUCACGGCCUGAUGACCCUCGGCCCGAGCGGAGCCGGAAAGACGACCGCCAUUAACAUCCUCAUGCGCGCCAUGACAGAGUGCGGCGCUGCUCACAGAGAGAUGAGGAUGAACCCCAAAGCCAUCACCGCGCCCCAGAUGUUCGGCCGUCUGGACGCCGCUACCAACGACUGGACCGACGGGAUCUUCUCCACCCUGUGGAGGAAAACUCUCAGAACUAAAAAGGGAGAAAACAUCUGGAUUGUGCUGGAUGGGCCAGUAGACGCCAUCUGGAUCGAGAACCUGAACUCGGUGCUGGACGACAACAAAACUCUGACCCUGGCGAACGGUGACCGGAUCCCUAUGUCCCCGAGCUGUAAGCUGGUGUUUGAGGUGCACAACAUGGACAAUGCUUCUCCCGCUACCGUCUCCAGAGUGGGCAUGGUGUUCAUGAGCUCCUCCGCUCUCAGCUGGAGACCCAUUCUGCAGGGCUGGACCAACAAGCGCAGUGCUCAGGAAGCUGACAGCCUGAUGAGCCUGUAUGAUAAGAUAUUUGAAGAUGCUUAUAUAUUCAUGAAACAAAACCUCAAGCCAAAAAUGCAGCUCUUGGAGUGCAACUACGUUAUGCAGUCGGUAAACCUGCUGGAGGGUCUGAUUCCUCCUAAAGAUGCUGGAGGCACGUUGAGCAGCGAGCACCUGGAGCGCCUCUUCGUGUUCUGCAUGAUGUGGAGUCUGGGAGCUCUGCUGGAACUGGAUGACCGGGACAAGAUGGAGCUGUUCGUUCGCUCUCAUGAAAGCAAGCUUGACCUGCCACCGACAGAGCCUGGCCAGACCAUGUUCGAGUACAUGGUCAAUCAGAACGGUGACUGGGAUCACUGGAGUAAAUACGUCGUGGAGUACGUCUACCCCACAGACUCGGCACCAGACUACACGUCCAUUCUCGUUCCCAACGUGGACAACACCAGAACGAGCUUCCUGAUUGAGGCCAUCGCAAAACAGCGCAAGGCUGUUCUCCUCACCGGUGAACAGGGGACUGCCAAGACGGUCAUGAUUAAGGCCUACACGAAGAAAUACAACCCUGAGAUGGAUCUGUUCAAAUCCAUGAACUUCUCCUCCGCCACGGAGCCGAUCAUGUUCCAGCGGGCAGUAGAGAGUUACAUAGAGAAGCGGCUGGGCAGCACAUACGGACCCCCCGGCAGACGGAGACUGACCGUUUUUAUUGAUGACAUCAACAUGCCUGUCGUCAAUGAAUGGGGAGAUCAGAUCACAAAUGAAAUAGUGCGUCAGACGAUGGAGAUGUCGGGCAUGUACAGUCUGGAUAAACCCGGUGAUUUCACCACCAUAACAGACGUUCAGAUGAUGGCCGCCAUGAUCCAUCCCGGCGGUGGCAGGAACGAUAUUCCUCAGAGACUGAAGAGACAGUUCACAGUGUUUAACUGCACGCUUCCGGCCAACUCCUCCAUCGACAUGAUCUUCGGAAUUAUUGGCUGUGGAUAUUUCCAUCAGUGUCGAGGAUUUACACCAGAGAUCUCUGACACUGUACAGCGUCUCGUACCCGCUUCCCGGAUUCUCUGGCAAUGGACCAAGGGGAAGAUGUUGCCCACUCCAUCAAAGUUUCACUACUUCUUCAACCUAAGAGAUCUGUCCAGGAUUUGGCAGGGCAUGCUGAAGAUCAGAGCAGAAGAGUGUGAUACAGUCGCCACCCUCCUGUCCUUGUUCAAGUGUGAAUGCACUCGAGUCAUCGCAGACCGGUUUGUGUGUGAGGAGGAUAAGCACUGGUUCGAGAAGUCUAUAGCCCAGGUCAUUCAGGAACACGUGGAUCCUGCUUUGGUGCCACACCUCCACCCCGACCCUUACUUUGUGGACUUCCUGAGAGAGGCUCCAGAGCCUACAGGAGAGGAGGCUGAUGACGCCUGUCUCGACGCUCCCAAAAUCUAUGAACUGGUGCCGGACUUCCAGUUCCUGUCGGAGAGACUGCGGUUCUUUCAGAGCCAGUAUAACGAGGCUGUUCGGGGCUCACAUCUGGACCUGGUCUUCUUUACUGAUGCCAUGACCCACCUCAUCAAGAUCUCCCGCAUCAUCAGGACCGAUGGAGGAAGCGCUCUGCUGGUGGGAGUGGGAGGGUCGGGCAAGCAAAGCCUUUCACGGCUCGCGUCGUACAUCGCCGGUUACAGGAUAUUCCAGAUUACACUCACUAGAACCUAUAACAUCAGCAACCUGAUGGAUGACCUGAAAGUGCUGUUCAGAACGGCCGGCGCUGAAGGAAAAGGCGUCACGUUCAUCUUCACGGACAACGAGAUAAAAGACGAGGCCUUCCUAGAGUACCUUAACAAUGUUUUGUCAUCUGGAGAGGUCUCGAACCUUUUUGCUCGUGAUGAACUGGACGAGAUAACACAGAAUCUCAUCCCCGUAAUGAAAAAGGAGACGCCCCGAGUGCCGCCCACCUUUGAUAAUCUGUAUGAAUACUUCAUCUCCCGGGCCAAAAAGAACCUCCAUGUGGUGCUGUGUUUUUCCCCGGUGGGGGAGAAGUUCCGCUCCCGCUCUCUGAAGUUCCCCGGACUGAUAUCCGGAUGCACCAUGGACUGGUUCACCCCGUGGCCGAGUGAAGCCCUGAUGGCCGUGUCCCAGUAUUUCCUCUCGGACUUCCACAUGGUCUGUUCGCCUGAGGUGAAGACUGCGGUGGUCCAGACUAUGGCCGUCUAUCACGACAGAGUCUCCUCCACCUGCGAGAGCUACUUUGAGAGAUUCAGACGAAGGGCCCACGUCACCCCGAAAUCCUACCUGUCCUUCAUCAAUGGGUACAAAACCCUCUAUACAGAGAAGCACACCCACAUCAACACUCUUGUUGAGCGCAUGAAUGUCGGUCUAGCCAAGCUAAUGGAAGCCAGCGAAUCCGUCGCGCAGCUGUCCAGAGACCUGGUGGUGAAGGAGCAGGAGCUGGCGUUGGCCUCGGCCCGAGCCGACAAGGUCCUCAAGGAGGUGACUGUGAGCGCCGAGGCCGCCUCUGUGGUCAAAAACGAGGUGCAGGUGGUGAAGGAUAAAGCGCUGAAGAUCGUGGAGGAAAUCGAGAAGGAAAAAGGUGUGGCAGAGCUGAAGCUGCAGGCGGCCGAACCUGCACUCAUGAAAGCUGAGGCGGCUUUAAACACCAUCAAACCGGCCGAUAUCGCAACAGUGAGGAAACUGUCCAAGCCACCACAUUUAAUCAUGAGAAUUAUGGACUGCUGUCUGCUUCUCUUCCGCAAGAAGCUGGACCCCGUCGUCAUGGAUCCAGAGAGGCACUGCCUUAAGCCCUCCUGGAGCGAAGCCAUGAAGCUGAUGAGCGGCGGCGGCUUCCUGGCGUCACUGCAGCAGUUUCCUAAGGACACGAUAACCGAAGAGACGAUGGAGCUGCUGGAGCCGUACUUCCAGAUGGAGGAUUACACGCUGGAGAACGCCAGUAAAGUGUGCGGAAACGUGGCGGGUCUGCUGUCCUGGACACAGGCUAUGGCCACCUUCUUCAGCAUCAACAAGGAGGUGCUGCCACUGAAGGCUAAUCUCAGCGUUCAGGAGAACAGGCUAACGGCAGCUAAUAAGGAACUGGCUAACGCUCAGGCCCAGCUGGAUGAAAAGCAGGCAGAGCUGGACAUGGUGCUGGCCAAAUUCGAAGCAGCCAUGAAGGAGAAGCAGGAUCUGCUGAACGACGCCGAAUCGUGCAGAAAUAAAAUGCAGACGGCCUCCGCUCUGAUCGACGGGCUGAGCGGGGAGAAAGUGCGCUGGACCGAGCAGAGCAGAGAGUUCACCUCACAGAUCAGCAGGCUGGUUGGAGACGUCCUGCAGCUGACCGGCUUCCUGUCCUACUGUGGCCCGUUCAACCAACAGUUCCGUAACAUGCUGCUGAAGGAGAUCUGGGAGGCCGAGCUCACGAAGAAGAACAUUCCCUUCACUGAAAACCUGAACCUGAUCUCCAUGCUGGUGGACCAGCCCACAAUCAGCGAGUGGAAUCUGCAGGGCCUUCCGGGUGAUGACCUGUCGGUGCAGAACGGCAUCAUUGUCACCAAAGCUACCCGCUUCCCCCUCCUCAUCGACCCCCAGACUCAGGGCAAGGCUUGGAUCAAGAAGAAGGAGAAAGCCAACGAGCUCCAGGUCACGUCUCUGAAUCACAAGUACUUCCGCACCCAUCUGGAGGACAGCCUGUCCCUGGGUCGCCCUCUGCUCAUCGAGGAUGUACCCGAGGAGCUGGACCCAGCGCUGGAUAACGUGCUGGAGAAGAACUUCAUCAAGUCUGGAUCCUCCUACAAGGUUAAAGUCGGAGACAAAGAGAUCGACGUGAUGGACGGCUUCCAACUCUACAUCGCCACCAAGCUGCCCAACCCGUCCUACACGCCCGAGGUCUGUGCCAAAACCUCCAUCAUCGACUUCACCGUGACCAUGAAGGGCCUGGAGAACCAGCUGCUGGGCAGAGUCAUCCUGACCGAGAAAUACGAACUGGAGGCUGAGAGGCUGAAUCUGAUGCAGGACGUCACGGCCAACAAGAGGAAGAUGAAAGAGCUGGAGGAUAAUUUGCUUUACAAGCUCAGCACCACAAAAGGCUCUCUGGUCGACGACGAGUCCAUGAUCGGGAUCUUGAGAGUCACUAAGGAAACAGCAGCGGAGGUGAGCGAGAAGCUCAACGUGGCCGCCGAGACGGAGACGAAGAUCCUCGCCGCUCAGGAGGAGUACCGUCCGGCGGCGUCCCGCGGCAGCAUCCUCUACUUCCUCAUCACAGAGAUGAGCAUGGUCAACGUCAUGUACCAGACCUCGCUCGCCCAGUUCCUCAGGAUCUUCGACCUCUCCAUGUCGAGGUCAGAAAAAAACCCCCUGACCCAGAAGCGCAUCGCUAACAUCAUCGACUGUCUGACGUACGAGGUGUUCAGAUACACGGUCCGAGGCCUGUACGAGAAUCACAAGUUCAUCUUCACUCUGCUGCUGGCUCUCAAGAUCGAUCUGCAGAAGGGCAACAUCAAGCACAGCGAGUUCCAGAUUCUUAUUAAAGGUGGUGCCGCCCUGGAUCUCAAAGCUUGUCCUCGUAAACCCUUCCGCUGGAUUCUGGACAUGACAUGGCUGAACCUGGUUGAGCUGAGCAAACUGCCCCAGUUCACCAACAUCAUGAGCCAGGUGUCCCGGAAUGAAAAGGGCUGGAAGGCGUGGUUCGAUAUGGACGCACCAGAGGACGCAGUGAUUCCCGAUGGUUAUAAUGAUUCACUGGAGAUCUUCCACAAAUUACUGCUUAUCAGAUCCUGGAGUCCAGAUCGCACGCUGUCUCAGGCCAGGAGCUACGUAGGGCACGCAUUGGGUGCGAGGUUCGCCCAGUCUGUUAUUCUCAAUCUGGAGGCAACGUGGGAGGAGAGCGACCCUCGUACCCCUCUGAUCUGCUUCCUCUCCAUGGGCUCGGAUCCAACCAACCAGAUAGAAGCUCUCUCCAAGAAACUCGGACUCGAAUGCAGAGCUAUAUCUAUGGGACAGGGACAGGAAGUGCAUGCGAGGAGGCUGGUGCAGAUGUCCAUCGCACAGGGAGGCUGGGUCCUGCUGCAGAACUGCCACCUGGGUCUGGAGUUCAUGGACGAGCUGCUGGACACCGUGAGCACAGUGGAGAACGUUCAUGAGAGCUUCAGGGUGUGGAUCACCACGGAGCCACACGACCGCUUCUCCAUCACGCUGCUGCAGUCCUCCAUCAAGUUCUCCAACGAUCCUCCUCAGGGAGUGAAAGCCGGACUGAAGCGAACGUUCGUCGGGAUCUCUCAGGAUCAGCUGGACGUCAGCAACCUGCCCAUGUGGAAGCCGCUGCUGUACAGCGUCGCGUUCUUGCACACGGUGGUGCAGGAACGUCGCAAGUUCGGACCCCUGGGCUGGAAUAUUCCGUACGAGUUCAACUCGGCAGACUUCAGCUCCAGUGUGCAGUUCAUCCAGAACCAUUUGGAUGAGUGCAGUCCCAAAAAGGGCGUGUCGUGGGACACCGUGCGCUACAUGCUGGGAGAGGUGCAGUACGGAGGCAGAGUGACGGACGACUACGACAAACGACUUCUGAACUGUUUUGCACGAGUGUGGUUCGGCGACCAGCUGUUCGAGCCCUCGUUCUGCUUCUACACCGACUACAAUGUUCCCGUGUGUAAGACGGUGGAGGAAUACCUGGAGUAUAUUCACACUCUGCCCUACGUCGACACCCCUCAAGUGUUCGGUCUGCAUCCCAACGCUGAUAUCACGUAUCAGGGUAACACCUCAGCCGAAGUCCUGGACACCAUCACAAACAUCCAGCCUAAAGAGAGCGCCGGAGGUUCAGGAGAGACGCGAGAGUCGAUCGUCUACCGCCUCGCCCAGGACAUGCUGGAUAAACUCCCUCCCAACUACGUACCUCAUGAGGUGAAAGCCAGGCUGGUGAAAAUGGGAGCCCUGACCUCCAUGAACAUCUUCCUGAGGCAGGAGAUCGACCGCAUGCAGAGGGUCAUCAGCGUGGUCCGGACUAGCUUGAUCGAUCUCAAGUUGGCCAUUGAGGGCACCAUCAUCAUGAGUGAGAGCCUCAGGGACGCGCUGGACAACAUGUUCGACGCUCGAGUCCCAAACCUGUGGAAGAAGCUCUCCUGGGAGUCGUCCACCCUGGGGUUCUGGUUCACCGAGCUCCUGGAGAGAAACGCUCAGUUCCAUAGCUGGCUGUUCGAUGGGAGGCCCAAAACAUUCUGGAUGACCGGAUUCUUCAAUCCCCAGGGUUUCCUCACAGCGAUGAUGCAGGAGGUGACGAGGGCACACCGAGGCUGGGCGCUGGACACCGUCACUCUACACAACGAGGUGUUAAAGCAAACCAAGGAGGAGAUCACCACCGCACCCACGGAGGGCGUGUACGUGUACGGCCUCUAUCUGGACGGAGCCGGCUGGGACCGCAAGAACUGCUGUCUCGUCGAGGCCACGCCCAAAGUGCUGUUCACCCCUCUCCCCGUGGUGCACAUAUUCGCCAUCAACUCCACCGCCCCGAAAGACCCCAGACUGUACGUCUGCCCCGUCUACAAGAAACCCCGGCGCACCGACCUCACCUACAUCACCGGAAUCGUGCUGCGUACGGUGCAGCCCCCCGACCACUGGAUCCUGCGCGGUGUCGCCCUGCUGUGUGAUAUCAAAUAAUCGCACCAACACACACACACACCAACACACACCAACACACACGCACACACCAACACACACACACACACUGACCCACACAUGCGUUCCGUUUCUUUGUUCAAUUCAGUUCAUCAAAAAAUAUUUAAAUUGUUAUUAAAAGGUUCAGGUUCUUGUUCAGCAUUAAAAAUAAAAAAAAUAUGAGUUUAUCUUCACUAAA